AUGGCGGAUAUUUGGCGAUCCGACCACUUACCGCGGAUCGAGCUCCCAAGAUUCAACGGUUCGCUCACGGAGUGGCUCUCGUUCAAGAGCCGCUUCGAGAAGAGGAUAUCCGCUCUUAAUGAAGAUGCGGAUAAAUUCGCAUUUUUAGGAAAAUGCCUAGAGAAAUUCGAACCUGCCAAAAAUUCAAUUGAGGCACUCGAAAACUCGGGAAUGAGCUUUGCCGAAGCUUGGCAAAAGCUCGAAACGCGCUUCUACAAGCGCAGGAUAGCCUUUGAAGGCUACUUUUCUAAGCUGCUCAAGGUGAAGAAAAUCAUGAGUCCCAAUGCCAAGUUGAUUCUGGCUCCGAUCGAUGCAGUAGACACCGCAGUCCACGCCGCUCACCAAAUCCAAGGUGAGCGGGAUCAAACACUAGAUUGCGUUGCCAACCGCCUAAUUAUUGCCAUCGUAAAAGGCAAAUUAGACGACGCAACCAUAUCCAAGCUCCAAGAGCACCCUGGAAACGAUGGACCACCAGUGCUGCGGUACUGA